CCCCACCUGGAAGGUAUAAUGCGAAAUGCAGUGGAGCAUCUAGGCCCACCUGGAAGGUAUAAUGCGAAACGCAGUGGAGCAUCUAGACCCACCUGGAAGGAAGUAAUUGAUGGUUUUUUCUGGCUUCGAGUGAUGAAGUCACGAGAAGGCGCAGUUACUGUGAGAAGGCAGGUUAAUAAAAAUGAAAACUUCACAUAUCUGAACGCGAACUGGUAU